GGACAGGGGCGGACUGACCAUUUGGAAACUCGGGCACUGCCCGAGGGCCCGGGGUCAGUAGGGGGCCCCAUGAGAUGCCCCUGGUACCUUUUUCAUAGGCUUUUUUGAGUUUAAGCAAGGACACAGGGGCCCCAUCAUCCCCUAUUGCCCGGGGGCCCCAUGAGUUGUCAGUACGCCCCUGGCCCUGGAUAUUGUAACCCCUUAAGUGGCAGAGCACAUUUAGACCUACUCUAUUGGGAGGGUUUAUGGUCAUCUGAUGCCCCUGGUACCUUUUUCAUAGGCUUUUUUGAGUUUAAGCAAGGACACAGGGGCCCCAUCAUCCCCUAUUGCCCGGGGGCCCCA